AACAACGAGUUUCAGGUGGCGAGAUUCCUCCCGAACAAUGUGGGAAAAUUUCUUUACCUCUAUCUCGUCUAUAUCAGGCCCUUUACGAGUAUGCUCCGAAGAGUAUGCUUCGGCACGACUGAUGACAAGGAGACCUCUAUUUUGUUUGCGUCUCGUUGCCGGCCAACAGCGCCAUGGUCGACUGGGAGGCUCUCAAAAGAACUAGCUAGAGCCACCGCCGGACUUCUGGGGCUGCCUAUAAAUACUCGGACAUACCGUCAGCUAUCUAUUGCUAUCACUGAAAGGCACCUCAAACAUAUGUCUACU